AUGUCCAACAUCCUGAGAAUCGAUGCAUCGCCGGUCUACGACAACAGCAUCAACCAGGCGAUCGUGCAUGCACAUAAUCCGUAUGCAAAUUCCUCCUACAACAAUAACGACGAGAUACGAAUUUUGAUACAACAGCAGGAUUUGUGUGUGCUGCCGAGUGAGAGUUUCAUCUACAUUCAGGGAAAAGCUUUCAAAAUUGUUGCGGGAAUAACAUCAACGUUGAAAAAUUAUAUUUCGCUGGAUCAGAGUAAGAAAAAUGCCAUGGAAAUAUUCGGAUGGAAGGAUGGUGGAUAUAAAAGCAAGCACCACACGGGUGAUUUCAGCCUGUGUAUUCCGUUGAAUACCGUGCUGGGUGUCGCAGAAGAUUAUAAGAAAAUUGUUGCCAACGCUCGACACGAACUCAUUCUCAUACGAAGCAGAACCGAUAAAAAUUGCUACAAAACUGGUGCAGCUGCGGAAGACAUGCGUUUGGGAAUAACAAAAUUACAAUGGAGAAUACCGCAUGUGAUGCCAUCGGAUGUUGAAAAGCUGUCGCUAUUGAGAAUAUUGGAGAAUAAUCAACCGAUAUAG